AUGUAUCGACGCGAGGAGAUCAACGUCAACAAGCUCCUUGCGAGGCUGCCUAAGGCAGUGAGGACCAAGGUCCUUGCCAAGGAGUUUCUUGACGAGUGUUGGGCAAUCUUCAAGAAGCACGACGUUUUUCAGCACGAGAAGUUGGAGGGCGUGAACCUUUGGAGAGCGCUGCUGGAGGCACUCCCUGAGUCGUACUCCCAGGCCAUCCUCAAGAACCAGUACGGCUGGUCUCUGCAGCAAGAUUCCGUGUAUAGUUUCACCGGAUGUGGUCGUGAAGGGGAGCCAGCGAUUCCCCUCAUCAAGUUCCCCGAGUAUGUGAAGUUUACCCUAGCGCUGAUCUUGCACAAAUACAGUGUCAAUGGAAAAGUCCUUGACUGCAAGAUGGCCUUGAAGUCUCAGGAGCUAGAUCACAGCAAGCGAAAGACAAAGAUCGUCGCUAGCCUGGGACCUGCCUCUUGGAGCGAGGAGAUGAUCCCCAAGAUGAUCGAAGCUGGAACCGACAUUUUCCGUUUAAACUGCUCGCACCGCCGCGGUGGAGACUUCGAGCGUGUCUACCCGCUGAUCAGGAAGUACGCGAGGAUGCUUGGCCGACGCGUCGAGGUGCUGGGAGACCUGCAGGGGCCCAAGUUCCGUGUGGGCGAGUUGGCUGGGGAUCCUAUUCCGCUCGUGGAUGGCGAGAUUGUGGAGUUCGGCAUCUGCAAGGAUGACAACGACCUCAUCAAGCCUGGGCGUAUCACGAUGAAGCCGACCAAGGAACAGCUCGCACUGGUGAAAGCAUGCAAGGUUGGGAUCGAUCUGCUCAUCGAGGAUGGCAUCAUGAAGGUGAAUGUUGUGGAGAAGAUUUCUGACACCGAGCUGAAGGUGAAGGUUGUCCGCGGUGGAAAGCUGAAGGCCCGCAAAGGAGUGAACGUGCCUGACUGCGAGAUCGAUUGCGCCGCCCUCACGGAGAAGGACAUCGAAGAUGCUGAGUACCUUCUUCAGCUGGACCCUCCAGUGGAGUACAUCUGCGUGUCAUUUGCCCAAAAGGGCCAAGAUCUGCAGGAACUUAUCGACAUCAUGGACCGACUGAAGGUUCCAGCGGAGAAGCGACCGAAGAUUUGCCCGAAGAUUGAGAAGCCACAAGCCCUGACAAACAUUGAGGGCAUCAUCGAGAAGUCUCAGGCUCUCAUGGUGGCCAGGGGUGACUUGGGUGUGGAGCUCGAGCUGGAGCGAGUCCCUUUCGCCCAGAAGCUGCUCAUCGCCCGUGCCAAGAAGGCUGGCCUAUUUGUCAUCAAUGCUACACAGAUGGUGGAAAGCAUGAUCGAGAAUCCAGUGCCCACCCGAGCAGAAGUGAGCGACUUGCAGAAUGCAGUGUUCGAUGGCUGCGACGCCGUGAUGCUCUCCGGUGAGGCUGCCAGUGGGAAGUUCCCCUGCGAAUCCGUCAGGGCCGAAGCCGAUGCGGCGCUCGAGGCAGAGACGGUGCGCGACUUCUUGAAGCCUCAGGUACCCGAUGGGACCGUCGUCGAUGAAGCCAACAAGCCCAGAGAGCUGAAUGACAGCAAGCGGGUGACCAAAGUAGUUGCGUCGCUGGGCCCGGCCUCAUGGAGCGAGGAGAUGAUCCCCAAGAUGAUUGAAGCCGGAACGGACAUCUUCCGCUUGAAUUGCUCGCAUCGCCGCGGCGGCGACUUCGAGCGCGUCUACCCGCUCAUCCGCAAGUAUGCCAAGGAGAUGGGAAAGAAGGUCGAGUGCCUCGGCGACCUUCAAGGGCCCAAGUUCCGCGUGGGCGAGCUUGCAGGCGACCCCGUGGAGCUGAAAAACGGCGACGUCCUGGAGUUUGGUAUCUCCAAGGAUGACAAUGACAAUAUCCGCCCUGGGCGCAUCACAAUGAAGCCCACGUUGGAGCAGACGGCCCUGGUGAAGGCCUGCAAACCUGGUACCCCUCUUCUGCUCGAGGACGGAAUCAUGGAAGUGAAGGUCGUGGAGAAGUGCUCCGAGAGCGAGCUUAAGGUCGAAGUCACUCGAGGCGGCAAGCUGAAGGCUCGGAAGGGUGUGAACGUGCCGGACGUUGAGAUCGACUGCGCCGCCCUGACGGCAAAGGACAUCGAGGACGCAGAGUUCCUUCUGCAGCUGGAUCCCCCAAUCGAGUACAUCUGCAUAUCAUUUGCGCAGAAGGGCCAAGACCUGCAGGAGCUGAUCGACAUCAUGGACCGCCUCAAAGUUCCUGCAGAGAAGAGGCCCAAGAUUUGCCCAAAGAUCGAGAAGCCGCAGGCCUUCACCAACAUUGAGGGCAUCAUCGAAAAGUCUCAGGCCCUGAUGGUGGCCCGUGGUGACUUGGGCGUGGAGCUGGGGCUCUGCCGAGUGCCAUUUGCGCAGAAGCUGCUGAUCCAGCGUGCCAAGCAAGCGGGACUCUUCGUGAUCACCGCCACGCAGAUGGUGGAGAGCAUGAUUGAGAACCCAGUGCCAACUCGGGCAGAGGUGUCCGAUCUCAUGAACGCUGUCUGGGACGGCACCGAUGCUGUGAUGCUGUCUGGCGAGGCUGCCUCCGGCAAGUAUCCAUGCGAGGCCGUCAUGGCCGAAGCAUCCGCGACUCGCGAGGCCGAGACCGUGAAGCACCGCUUGCAGCAAGCCUGCCCCUUCGUGGCCGUUAACAGCAAGAUGCCGCUGCGCCCGCCCCCAAUGCUCAACUGCGGCAUGGGCCUGAAGAGGCAGGAGAUGGACCACAGCAAGAGGAAGACCAAGGUCGUCGCGUCCCUUGGGCCGGCCUCCUGGAGCGAGGAGAUGAUCCCAAAGAUGAUCGAGGCCGGCACGGACAUCUUCCGGCUCAACUGCUCCCAUCGUCGCGGCGGCGACUUCGAGCGCGUCUAUCCCCUGAUCCGCAAAGCGGCCGCGGCAUUGGGAAAGAAGGUGGAAUGCCUGGGAGAUCUUCAGGGCCCGAAGUUCCGCGUGGGAGAGCUCGCUGGCGACCCUAUCCCGCUGAAGGACGGCGAGGUCCUGGAGUUUGGAAUCUGCAAGGAUGACAACGACAUGAUCCGCCCCGGACGCAUCACUAUGAAGCCCACAACAGAGCAGAAUGCCUUGGUUCGAGCUUGCAAGCCCGGCACUCCCCUGCUCCUGGAAGACGGCAUCAUGGAGGUUAAGGUGGUUGAAAAGUGCUCCGAGACGGAGCUCAAGGUGCAGGUGGUUCGUGGUGGCAAGCUGAAGGCCCGCAAGGGUGUCAACGUGCCGGAGGUGCAAAUUGAUUGCGCGGCCCUGACGACGAAAGACAUCGAGGAUGCGGAGUUUCUGUUGAAGCUGGAGCCCCCAAUCGAGUACAUCUGCGUGUCCUUCGUGCAGAAGGCCCAGGACCUUCAGGAGCUGAUUGACAUCAUGGACCGGCUGCAGAUCCCUCAGGAGAAGCGGCCGAAGAUCUGCCCGAAGAUCGAGAAGCCUCAGGCCCUGACCAACAUCGACGGCAUCAUCGCCAAGUCUCAGGCGCUGAUGGUGGCCCGCGGCGACCUGGGCGUGGAGCUGGAGCUUGAGAGGGUGCCCUUUGCGCAGAAGCUGCUGAUCAGGAGAGCCAAGGAUGCUGGCCUUUUCGUCAUCAAUGCCACGCAGAUGGUGGAGAGCAUGAUCGAGCAGCCAGUGCCAACCAGGGCCGAGGUCAGCGACGUGCAGAACGCCGUGUGGGACGGCGCAGAUGCUGUCAUGCUCAGCGGCGAGGCGGCCAGCGGCAAGUACCCCUGUGAGGCCGUGCGAGCCGAAGCAGAUGCCGCCUUGGAAGCCGAGAGUGUAAAGCACCUCCUCGUCCCACAAGUCUAUGACGACUACGUCGUGGAAGAGGCAAACAAGCCGCGCGAACUGGAUGACAGCCGAAGGAGGACAAAGAUCGUGGCCAGCCUGGGCCCCUCUUCCUGGAGCGAUGACAUGCUGGCCAAGAUGAUUCAGGCUGGCACGGACAUCUUCCGCUUAAAUUGCUCGCAUCGACGCGGCGGUGAUUUCGAAAGAGUCUACCCUCUCAUCCGCCGCCACUCCAAGGAGCUGGGCGUCAACGUCGAGUGCCUGGGCGACCUUCAGGGCCCCAAGUUCCGCGUCGGCGAGCUUGCGGGUGACCCCAUCGAGCUGAAGAACGGAGAUGUGUUGGAGUUCGGAAUCUGCAAGGACGACAACGACCUUAUCAAGCCUGGCCGCAUCACCAUGAAGCCCACCACGGAGCAGAACGCUUUGGUGGAAGCCUGCAAGGUCGGCACGAUGCUGCUCAUUGAAGACGGGCUCAUGGAAGUGAAGGUGACGGAGAAGAUCUCCUCCACGGAGCUGAAGGUGGAAGUCACUCGCGGUGGCAAGUUGAAGGCUCGCAAAGGCGUCAACGUGCCCGACUUGGAGAUCGACUGUGCCGCCCUGACGGCGAAGGACAUCGAGGAUGCCGAGUAUCUCCUGCAGCUGGACCCUCCCAUCGAGUACAUCUGCGUGUCUUUCGUGCAGAAGGGUCAAGACCUCCAGGAGCUCAUUGACAUCAUGGACCGACUGAAGAUCCCGCCGGAGCGCCGCCCCAAGAUCUGCCCCAAGAUCGAGAAGCCUCAGGCUUUGACCAACAUCGACGGCAUUAUUGCCAAGUCCCAGGCUCUCAUGGUGGCCCGUGGUGACCUGGGCGUGGAGCUGGGCUUGAACCGCGUGCCGUUCGCUCAGAAGCUGCUCAUCGCACGGGCCAAGCAGGCCGGACUCUUCGUGAUCAACGCCACGCAGGUCGUGGAGAGCAUGAUCAAGAAUCCUGUGCCCACCCGUGCAGAGGUCAGCGAUGUUUGCAACGCUGUGUGGGAUGGAGCAGAUGCAGUGAUGCUGUCUGGGGAAGCCGCCAGCGGUGACUUCCCGUGUGAAGCAGUUAUGGCUGAAGCCUCCGCAGCGCGAGAAGCGGAAUCCGUGAAGCAUCGGCUGAGACGUGCAUGCCCGCCUGUGGAAUCGGGUGCGAUUGUUGCUCCGAUGCUGCACGUGAACAUGGGCAACAAGAAGCAGGAAACCAAUCACGCCCUGCGCAAGAGCAAAGUCGUGGCCAGCCUUGGCCCUGCCUCUUGGAGCGAGGAGAUGAUCCCCAAGAUGAUCGAGGCCGGCACGGACAUCUUCCGCCUGAACUGCUCCCACCGCCGUGGCGGCGACUUCGAGCGCGUCUAUCCGCUGAUCCGCAAGGCGGCAAAGGAUCUCGGCAAGAAGGUGGAGUGCCUCGGUGAUCUUCAAGGUCCCAAGUUCCGUGUGGGUGAGCUUGCCGGAGAUCCCAUCCAGCUGAACAACGGUGAUGUUCUGGAGUUCGGCAUCAGCAAGGAUGACAACGACAACAUUCGGGAGGGACGCAUCACCAUGAAGCCCACCACAGAGCAGAACGCCCUGAUCGCAGCCGCGAAGGUGGGAACCGACCUCUUGCUGGAAGAUGGCAUCAUGAAAGUGAAUGUCGUUGAGAAGCUCAGCGACACCGAGCUGAAGGUAAAGGUCAUCCGUGGAGGCAAGCUCAAGGCCCGCAAGGGUGUGAACGUGCCCGACGUGGAGAUCGACUGCGCCGCCCUCACCACCAAAGACAUCGAAGAUGCGGAGUUCUUGCUGCAGCUGGACCCCCCGAUCGAGUACAUCUGCGUCUCUUUUGUGCAGAAGGGACAGGACCUCCAGGAGCUCAUCGACAUCAUGGACCGGCUCAAGAUUCCCCAGGAGAAGCGGCCCAAGAUUUGCCCCAAGAUCGAGAAGCCUCAGGCCCUGACCAACAUCGACGGCAUCAUCGCCAAGUCUCAGGCGCUGAUGGUGGCCCGCGGCGACCUGGGCGUGGAGCUGGAGCUCGAGAGGGUGCCCUUUGCGCAGAAACUUCUCAUCCGCAAAGCCAAGGACGCUGGGCUCUUUGUCAUCAAUGCCACGCAGAUGGUCGAGAGCAUGAUCGAGAGCCCGGUCCCGACCAGGGCAGAGGUCAGCGAUCUCCAGAACGCCAUCUGGGACGGUGCGGAUGCGGUGAUGCUCAGCGGAGAGGCUGCCAGCGGCAAGUACCCUUGCGAAUCAGUGGCAGCAGAGGCGGCGGCUGCCCUUGAGGCCGAGUCAGUGAAAGAUCUGCUGAUGCCGCGCCUGGGUAUCGACUAUUUCUGCGACGAGGGCAACAAGCCCAGGGAGAUGGACGACUCGAAGCGCCGCACCAAGGUGGUUGCCAGCUUGGGCCCAGCCUCAUGGAGUGAGGAGAUGAUCCCCAAGAUGAUCGAGGCCGGCACGGACAUCUUCCGCCUGAACUGCUCCCACCGCCGUGGCGGCGACUUCGAGCGCGUCUAUCCGCUGAUCCGCAAGGCGGCAAAGGAUCUCGGCAAGAAGGUGGAGUGCCUCGGCGACUUGCAGGGACCAAAGUUCCGGGUCGGGGAGCUGGCUGCAGAUCCCAUUCCACUGGAGAAUGGCGACAUCUUGGAGUUCGGAAUCAGCGUCGAUGACAACGACAACAUUAAGCCAGGUCGCAUCACCAUGAAGCCGACAACCGAGCAAAACGCGCUGGUGAAGGGCUGCCAGGUGGGCACCACGCUUCUCAUUGAGGACGGCAUCAUGGAGGUGGUCGUCACAGAGAAGAUAAGUGACACGGAGCUGAAGGUCAAAGUGGUUCGUGGGGGCAAGCUCAAGGCCAGGAAAGGCGUGAACGUGCCGGACAUCGAAAUCGAUUGCGCAGCCCUCACGGUCAAAGACAUCGAGGAUGCCGAGUUCUUGUUGCAGCUGGACCCUCCCAUCGAGUACAUCUGCGUUUCCUUCGCUCAGAAGAAGCAAGACUUGCAGGAGCUCAUUGACAUCAUGGACAGGCUGAACAUUCCCGCAGAGAAGAGGCCGAAGAUCUGCCCGAAGAUUGAGAAGCCCCAGGCACUGACCAACAUUGAAGGCAUCAUCGAGAAGUCGCAGGCUCUGAUGGUUGCCCGGGGUGAUCUUGGUGUUGAGCUUGGACUCUACCGAGUGCCCUUCGCACAGAAGCUUCUGAUUCGCAAGGCAAAGGAUGCCGGUCUCUUCGUAAUUACAGCCACGCAGAUGGUGGAGUCCAUGAUCGAGGCGCCGGUCCCCACGAGAGCGGAGGUCUCCGACCUCUGCAAUGCUGUGUGGGACGGUACCGACGCAGUGAUGCUUUCUGGAGAGGCUGCAAGUGGCAAAUACCCAUUGGAAGCUGUCAUGGCAGAGGCAUCCGCGGCCCGGGAAGCGGAAUCCGUGGAGCAUCGAAUUUUCCGAGCCGUCCCGAAUGUGGUCUGA